UGGGAAAUGGACAUGUUGCACGAGCGUGAAUUUUUUAUCACCUUAUCACACAUCUAAGUGCAUUCUCACUCGCGAAGUGAUGCUUCUGUGAUUGUUGUUUUGUGACAUCCUGAGUUUGUUCAGUUUUCUGGGACGACUUUCGCCCGACUGUCCUUUAUUGUCCCCCCGGAUUAGUUUCAUUAUAUAGUAGUGAUAUUGAAAAAUAUAGUGUGUGCGUGUGUAUUGUGUGUGGGAAGUGCAGUUUUUGACAUCCAUCGGAAUUUAUGGGUGUCGAUAGUGAACAUAAUUUAUAGAUCACCAUCAAAAUAUUUGAGGUUCUGAAGAGAGAGCUUGGAAAUAUGAUGAGGUGAAACUAAAGAGACCCUAGAAUUAUAUUUAGUAAGAUAAAAUAAUAUAUCACAGUGGAAAGAUGGUGCUUCUCAAGUGUACUAAAUAGCCUAGCUGUGUAGUGGAUACUGCAAGUUUUAUUUGCCUUGCCGUGACGCCUUUCGUACAAGUUCUAAAGCGACCGGAUCCAGCAACAGUGGAUUCCAGUGAUUCUACUAUCGGAUAGUUCCAGUCCUCGUUCAAUAUGCCAGUGAGACGAGGCCAUGUCGCCCCCAAGACCACCCUCAUUGAGACCAUCAUUCGGAAAUUUGAUACACAUAAUCGGAGCUUUCUCGUUGCGAACGCCCUGCCGGACAGCCAUCACAUCAUCUUCUGUUCGGAUGGCUUCUGCAAGAUGACCGGCUACACCAGGGCCGAGGUGAUGCAGCGAUCGGCCAGCACUGAAUUUCUCCAUGGACCAAUGACAUCGCAAUUGGCUGUGAAUCUGGUGCGGGAGGCCCUGCAGAAGGGUUAUGAGAAGCACUUUGAGAUACUCUACUACCGGAAAAACGGAACCAAAUUUCUCUGCUCCGAAGUAAUUGCACCAAUCCGUUCCGAGGCUGACGAUAUUUCCCUCUACAUUAUUAAUUUCGAAGACUUAACAUUGCCACAGCAGAAUGAAUCUCUCGAAACACGUUUUAGCAAAUUCGACAGAGCACGUGCCAGCUUCAGGCAAUCUCUCAAGUUCGGCAGCAUGGGCAUCCGCGAUCGGGGUCUCAGGCUUGCCGGCUACCUCACGCCUCCGUCGGAUGUUACGCAGGAGGAGGAGGAAAUCCACGAGAACGCUUCGCAGCCCGAGCAGCUGGCAAAGGCGGAGAGCACGUCGGUGUGGAGUCCCAUGUCGACCCCAACGCUAAUUAGGACAAAUGAAGUGGCGGACAAGAGGGUCGGCGAGUCGGUGGUGCUGGAGGAGCUCAAAGUCGAUAGUCCCAUGAAGAGGGUGACACCCGACUCGCGAAAUAAGAGCGAUGUGGGACAGACAAAGAGCUGGGACUUUGAGCAUCAGGCCAAGUAUCCUGACCAAAAACUAAUCCAGGUCUAUGAAAGUAACCUAAAGAACUGUCGCGGCCUCAUUCAGAAGCGAGCACAUACAAUCGACGACUUUAUGAAAGGCACCACAGGACACUCAUCGAGGCAAUAUUUUCCUUAUGUCUCGUCCGAGAGUGACUUGCAGCGCUACAAGGCGAUAUCCUUUCGGCACAGCUCAUGCCACGAGCCUCGCUCGAGCUCAUCCUUAUCAAAUGUGCCUUCCGACGUGAAAUCAGACAGAAUAAAGGACAAUGGGUCAGCCAAUUACUUCCAAGGAACUCGUCACACGUCGCCAAACAUGGGCGAAAAGGUGGCUCAGGUAUUAUCUCUGGGCGCCGACGUUCUGCCCGAGUACAAGCUGCAGAGUCCACGGAUCCACAAGUGGACCAUCCUGCACUACUCACCCUUCAAGGCGGUAUGGGACUGGAUCAUCUUGAUCCUUGUUGUAUAUACAGCCAUUUUUACACCCUACGUUGCAGCAUUUUUACUCAGUGAGCCUGACUUCAAUCAGAGACGCAAUCGUAAAUAUGCUGACGACCCCAUUGUGAUAAUUGAUUUAAUAGUGGAUGUUACAUUUGUGAUAGAUAUUUUAAUAAAUUUUCGCACAACAUUUGUUAACGGUCAGGACGAGGUUGUUUCUCAUCCUGGUCGAAUUGCGGUGCACUACUUAAGUGGGUGGUUUCUCAUCGAUUUAGUGGCAGCAAUACCAUUUGACCUCCUGCUGGUCGGAAGUGAUACCGAUGAGCUGGGCUUGGAUAAAGACGAGACCACCACCCUGAUCGGUCUCCUGAAGACUGCUCGGCUGCUGCGGCUGGUGCGGGUGGCGCGGAAGAUCGACAGGUAUUCCGAGUAUGGAGCGGCCGUGCUCGUCCUACUUAUGGCCACAUUUGCUCUUAUUGCUCACUGGCUGGCGUGCAUUUGGUAUGCAAUCGGAAAUGCCGAAAGACCAAUCCUGAAGGCGAAAAUAGGAUGGCUGGAUUCACUGGCGAGUGAUAGUCAGGAGUACUAUUUCCCAAACGGAACCGGGGGUCCUUCAAUCAAGUCACGAUACGUAACUGCGCUCUACUUCACCUUCACAUCGUUAACUUCUGUGGGCUUUGGAAAUGUGGCACCAAAUACGGAUGCUGAGAAGAUAUUCACCAUCUGUGUCAUGCUCGUGGGAUCUCUCAUGUACGCGAGCAUCUUUGGUAACGUAUCGGCCAUCAUCCAGCGAUUGUACUCUGGAACCGCUCGAUAUCACACCCAAAUGCUGCGAGUGCGAGAAUUCAUUCGAUUCCAUCAGAUACCAAAUCCGCUGAGACAGCGACUGCAAGAGUACUUUCAGCAUGCAUGGACUUACACAAAUGGCAUCGAUAUGAAUUCCGUUCUCAAAGGCUUUCCCGAGUGUCUUCAGGCAGAUAUUUGUCUCCAUCUCAAUCGCAAUCUCCUCACAAACUGCUCCGCCUUCGAGGGCGCCAGUCCAGGAUGUCUGAGGGCACUCUCGCUUAAAUUCAAAACAACCCACGCUCCUCCGGGCGACACUCUCGUUCACAAAGGCGACGUCCUCACAUCACUUUACUUCAUUGCAAGAGGAUCCAUCGAGAUACUUAAGGAUGACGUCGUGAUGGCAAUCCUAAGUAAGGAUGACAUCUUCGGCGAAAAUCCCUGCGCUCACCCCACUUUGGGCAAAUCCAACAGCAACGUUCGAGCUCUGACGUACUGUGAUCUGCACAAGAUUCACCGAGAGGAUUUGCUUGAUGUCCUGGAACUCUAUCCAGAGUUCUAUGAGAGUUUCGUCAAUAAUCUCGAAAUCACCUACAACAUGAGAGACGAUGAACAAAGCGGUGUAGAGUUAAGGCAUAGGUAUAUGAGAUCGUCCAGCCACGAUAGAGAACGCAAUAGUGAAUCUAGAUCAUAUAGGCUAACUCAUCCUUUUACACGACCAGAGAGUAGAUGUGGUUUAGGGAACGAUAGAAUGUCGGUCAGUCAGAUGAGUGAUAACGAUAUUGACUUCACGGCCCAAGAUCACCGCCAGCAGUACAGCAUAUCAGGGAUGUUUACACACAUAAAGAGAAGUUUUCCCGAUCUGAGAUCCAUUAAGCAUCAACCGUUAGAAAAUAUUGAGAGUCCUCGGCACACGAACCACAAGCACAGUCCAACGGUUCAGUCGCUCAAAACCGCGGCCACCGCGGCGGCCGGCGUGACGGCAGACACGGUGACUCUGAGCGCCGUCACGACGAAGCUGUGCAAUUGUGCGGCGUCCAAGGAGGGCGAAAAGGGUGACCCGACCAUGUCUCAGGAGACAGUUAAGCCGCAAACAUCCACCAACGAUGUCACAAGCCUCGCGAAUCAGCUCAAUGAGAUAACACAACGAAUAGAUGGGCUCGAGAUGACGCUGCGGAAGGACAUCCGCACCAUUCUUGAUAUUCUGCACCAGCAGCAGCAGAUCCAGAUUCAGGCCGCCGCCAAGCAGGCCAUGACCACAUCUUACCAGCCGUCCGAGAGUGAUUUCUCCUUCGACAUGUGCACGGCGGCCGAUAAGGCGUCCGCGACGUCACAGACGCCGCGCAGCAAUGUCCAACGAUCUGUGUCUCAGCCGGAGUGCGCCAACGAGAAGAGCCUCUUCAAGUGCUCGAAGUUUGCUUCAUUCAACCAAACGAUGGAAGACCCAGACAACUGGACAAUGUUUGCGCCAAUUGCCAAGCUCGAGUCUCUGGAUGAAAUUGAUCAAGAUAGCAAACAUUCCAACCAAGAUAAAUCACAAUAGUAGGAUAUUAUAGGGACACUUUUGUCCACUCUCUUGACAGCCUCUAUAGAAAUCUUUGCACAUAAAGUUUAUACUCAAAAUGGUUCUGCUGAGACAUUUUUUCCCGCAAUUAUCCUUGCGCUUCAUGGAGAUUUUCAAUCGUGUGUGUGCCGGCGAUCGACCUGCGGAGGUUCGUCUUCUUAAUGGGAUUAUCCAUCACUGCCUUCAGACGGGGGAAUUCGUGGAAAUCUCAAGCUAUCGUGCAGCGGAGAAAAUCAGCGUACGCUCAAUUUAGUGGUGUGAAUGGCCAGACAUUACAUAAAUGAAGUACCUUAAGAAGCAAAGUAAAAGACAAUUUGUUGCAUUGUUUUGCCGCUGGGAAGACAAAUGCAAAGUGGAUGAGAAAUGUGUAUACUCGCAAUAAGAAAAGUCUUUUAAAAUUAAAGAAUUUGUGUAAAGACGAUCUCGAGAUGACCUUAGUUAGUGUGCUAUAGUGUGAGGGUGGCGACGUGACUUGGCAAUCGCCAUUCAGAGUCUGUGAGAUUUAAUGUAAUUUUAUGAGAGAACCAUCCAAAAUCGAUUUUUCCAGCCAUUUCCUCAAUGUAUAAGAGAAACUUCUUUUGCCUUUUGACAGUCCUCAAAGUCUUCUUCAAUAUCUCUAUACAUAUAUUUAUCAGCUAUAUAUAAAACUUAUUUCUUAAAAACAAAAAUACUCCCAAUGACCAGAUUUACUUGCUUUAGAGAGCAUAAAGGGAAGCCUUUCGAGCUUUUGUACAUGCGAGAAUGCAAAAGAAAAACGCACUCAACGAAAUGCAAGUGAGUUUAAGAGAUGCUUCUGGAUGGACACGCUUAAUCCAGCAAGACGUGAUUUUAUUUUCUCCGUUUGGAGAUGAGUUAGAUGCGAAAGAGCAAAAGAAUUAGCAUCCCUUUUGACAACCGGACUGAUAACAAUUAGAGAGAAUAGAAUUUGAUUUUACGAAUUAGUUGAAUUUCCCAUCAUUUAGUCAGAAUUUAAAGAAAAUUUUUAAAGUAUAAUCUUAGCAAAUAGACGAAGAGAGAACGAAGUUUAUCGACAUAUGCGAUAUUAUAAUUUAGCAUUGAGCAUGAAUUCAUUUGAAUUACGUAUAUGAGGCCUUUUAGAGUGUAAUAAGUAAAUGGGGAGAUUUGGUAGGAGCGAUUCUUAAUAUUGUGAGCAGCAAAGGAUGUUCAUAUUGGAAGAAUUAAAGCAGUGAAAAUAAAAAUUUAUAUCAAACAUUCAAAUGGUUUCACGUUUUAAACAAAAACAGAGGAAAUAGAAUUAUAAUUAGUGAGAAUUUUAUUUCCAUAUCAAAUUACACACACCGUUUGGUUUUUCCCUCUCUUUGUCCGCAUAGGGAAAACUGUUCCAAUUAGAGACAAUUUUUCAUCCUAGCAAUAAAUGAACAAAAAAUCUACUACCAUAUAUAUGUAUGUAUCGUUGAUUCUUUAUUGCCACUUUCCGCAAUAGUUUGUUGCAUUUCCCGCAGCAUUGUGGUAGCGAAUUUUGUAGUUUUUACUCGUUUCAAUAUAAAAACAAUUCUCUACGCUAUCUUAUCGAAAUACGGUGCAAAAGUGGUAGAAUUUGCCUCAAUGUAGUAUUUUUAUAUAUAUAAUAAAAUGAAGUGAGAGCAGUCAUUUGAGGGUUUUUUGAGGGGUUGAAAUAGCCCAAGAGGAUAAUCAAAUUAAAACGCCAUCAUUGCUUCACCGAAUAAAAUGAAUUAUUAAAUGAUUAUUAUAAUUACCAUUUUGAAACCAAGAAUCAAUUUACCACAAUUUUGUAAAUAUAAAUUAAAUUAAAUAUACCAAUGAGAUGAAUAAGGGGAGGAAUAACAUGUUGAAGAAAUAUUCUUGUUGCUACAUAAAAUAAAAAAGACAUUAAUAAAUGGUAAAACUGCAGAUGAGGUGGAAAAAGGGUAAAAAAAAGAGCACAGAAUAAUAAUGUCACACGCUUCAGGAAGAUGAAAUUGAGUGAAAAAUUUGAAAAAAAAAGAAUACACAAAAUUAUUCAUUUACAUUUGAAAUUAUACGAAAAGUGCGAAAGAAAAAGAGUUUUUAAUAAAAAAGAAUUAAAAUAAAGCGAA